UUAAAAGCAUGGCACAGAAGGCAGCAGCUGGCUAGUGGACUGUAAGUAUAAGCAGUGCCAGACCUGGGAUAUCCGGUAAGGGGGAAGCUGUAGGUAAGGGGAUCUGGACUGUGCCUGGUGCUCUCUGAUCCUGGCCGGGGGGGUCUGUACAGCACCAGGUGCCCCCAGUCACAGCCUAGGAGGUCUGUACAGUGUCCAGUGCCCCCGAUCCCAGGCUUGGUGGGGUGGGGGAUUGUACAGCUCCUGGCCCUUCCCUGAUCUCAGCCUGGAGGGUCUGUACAGCUCCUGGCUGUCCCCAAUCUCACCCUGGGGGGGAGGGGUCUGUGCAGCACCUGGCACCCACAGUCAAAGCCUAGGGGGUCUGUACAGCACCUGGCACCCCCUGAUCUCAGCCUGGGGGGUCUAUAUGUGCUAAAUGCCUUAUAUCGCCUUUGCAGAUGCAGAUGCUGCCUUGAGCCCCAGCUCUGGUCAGGUGCACCAGGACCAGCCGCGGGUGUCCCAGAGCCGGCCGUGUCCCAGCCAUGGCCUUCGCUGACCUGCUGGCCGACACCGGGAGCAUGGGGCGCUUUCAGGUCCUCAACGUGGCCCUGCUGGUGCUGCCCAUCCUGAUCCUGUCCUGCCACAACCUCUUGCAGAACUUCACGGCUGCCACCCCGGGCCACCGUUGCCGAUUGCCCUGCGACACCAAUGCCACUGGCUGCCUGGGACGCCUGGCUUCCUUUGUGCCCCUGGACAGGGAGGGGCAGGCAGAGACCUGCGUGCAAUUCUUGGGUGCUCAAGGGGAGCUGCUGAACCCAGAGGGUCCGGGAGGCAAUGGGACUCAUGGAGCGACAGAGCCAUGUGGGGACGGCUGGACGUAUGACCGCAGUGUCUUUGCCUCCACCAUUGUCACCGAGUGGGACCUCGUAUGCAGCUCCCGGAGCUUGAAGCAGAUGGCUCAGUCAAUCUACAUGGCAGGGGUCCUGGUGGGCGCCGUGGUGUUCGGGAGCCUCUCUGACAAGUUUGGCCGGAAGUCGCUCCUCAUUUGGUCCUGCCUGCAGAUGGCCGUCACGGGGUCCUGCGCCGCCUUCGCCCCCAGCUUCACCACCUACUGCCUCUUCCGCUUCCUCACGGGCAUGGCUCUGUCGGGCAUCAGCCUCAACUGCAUGUCCUUGGCUGUCGAGUGGACACCUACCAAUGUCCGGGCGGUGGUUGGCAUGGUAACGGGCUACAGCUACAGCGUGGGGCAGUUUCUCCUGGCAGGGGUGGCUUACGUCAUCCCGGACUGGCGCUGGCUGCAGCUGGCCGUGUCGCUGCCCUACUUUGUCUUCUUCCUCUACAGUUGGUGGUUCACGGAGUCGGCACGGUGGCUGGCGACUGCCGGCCGGCUGGACCAGGCACUGAAGGCGCUGAAGAAGGUGGCACACAUGAACGGGAGGACAGAAGAAGCAGACAAACUUAGCAUUGAGGUCUUGAGAUCAAACCUGCGGAAGGAAAUCUUGGCCCGAUCCACCCACACGGCUGCUGACCUGGUGCGCACACCCGCUGUCCGACGGAUCUCUUGUUGCCUGUGUUUUGUCUGGUUCUCCACCAGCUUUGCGUACUAUGGGCUGGCCAUGGACCUGCAGAAAUUUGGGGUCAGCAUCUACCUGAUCCAGGUCAUCUUUGGGGCUGUCGACAUCCCAGCAAAGCUGAUUGGCUUCUGCGUGAUCAACUUCAUCGGCCGACGAGUCACCCAGGCCACGGCUCUCCUUCUAGCAGGACUGGCCAUCCUGGCUAACAUAUUCGUGCCACAGGCAGACCUGCAAACCAUGCGCACUGUUCUGGCUGUGUUUGGCAAGGGAUGCCUCGCCGCCUCCUUCAACUGCGUCUUCCUCUACACCGGAGAGCUCUACCCCACCGUCAUCAGGCAGACGGGGAUGGGUUUGGGGAACACCCUGGCUCGGGUGGGAGGCAUCGUGGCUCCCCUGGUGCGUAUGACCAGCGACUACUCCCCGUCUCUGCCACUGAUCAUCUACGGAGCUGCCCCCGUCAUCUCCGGCAUCGCCACCUGCUUCCUGCCCGAGACCCUCAACAUGCCACUACCGGACACCAUCGAAGACGUGGAGAGGCAAAGAUGCAGUGAGAUGAGGUGGAAAGACACCAUCCAGCAGCCGUCCCACCCAGAUCCUCACAAGGAAGUCCUGUGAGAAGAAAAGCCAAGACUCUUCUGGCAUUGAAAACCAAUGAGCUGGGCCAGUCAACGAGAAGAACGCCCUCACGAUGUGCCCGCUUGGGGAAGAGGAAAUUCCUGGGAAAUCCCAGAAAAGCCAAUAAAAAUAGCUCCUUAUUUUGCCUUCCAGAUAUCUAAGCCACUGAGAAACCUUAGAGGGCCAGCCGGGCCCCAAAGAACAGUGCCUAUUUAAUAAAAACGCAGCCGAUCACAGCC